ACACCGCAACCCCUAGAGCAGAUAUAAAUACAGCCCGAGCAGGAGCAGCACAACACAAACUCCUCUUCCGCAAUGUCGGUCACUCUGCACACGAAUCUGGGCGACAUCAAGUGCGAAAUUUUUUGCGAUGAGGUCCCCAAAACCGCCGAGAAUUUUUUGGCAUUAUGUGCUAGCGGGUAUUAUGAUGGAACGAUAUUUCAUAGAAACAUCAAAGGUUUUAUGAUACAAGGCGGAGACCCAACGGGUACAGGCAAAGGGGGGACGAGUAUAUGGGGCAAGAAGUUCAAUGAUGAGAUAAGAGAGUCUCUCAAGCACAAUGCAAGGGGGAUACUAUCAAUGGCAAAUAGUGGUCCCAAUACCAAUGGAAGCCAGUUCUUCAUCAGUUAUGCAAAGGCGGCACAUCUAAAUGGGUUGUAUACCGUGUUUGGCAAGGUUAUACAUGGGUUUGAAGUUCUUGACAUCAUGGAAAAGACUCAAACUGGACCUGGGGAUCGUCCUCUUGCUGAGAUCAGGCUCAAUCGAGUGACCAUACAUGCUAACCCGCUUGCUGGCUAGCAUCCACUGCUGACCGGUGGGCAUCACACUCUCUGGAGGUCUUGUACUUAGGACGUACACUAGCAAUCACGGGCACUGUCAUCACCAGUAGAAUAUGUAAUUUUGGUCGCUUCGUAAAUUGAUUUCUAGAUCGAGCAUUUUAGUUAUACUGUUCUGAACUUCUGAAAGAUGCUAUUUCAUUUUAUGAUAAUUACGCUGUCGAUGUAGGGUUUAACUUGAAAUUAACAGAGCUUGUACGUGUGUGUUUCUGUUUGACCCGAGCUUUUCCGGCUCCUAAUGAACAAUCAUUGUUGUCUUGGGUUGCAA